CAUGGGUCCUUUAUACUUGUUCCUUGAUAGCCCUUCCUCUUCUUUCCCCACUUAUCACCCUCCCCUCUCCCAUCUGGUUACUGUCAGUUUGUUCUUUGUUUCAUCUUCACCCCCCACUUUCGUCACCUUGUGUCCCAGUUAGUUCAGAGAAGGAGGGGAGGGGAGGGCAAUAGUGGAAAACCCUCUCCUGGACACGCGGCCUUCCACAGCCCAGGGCUGCAGGUGGGAGCCAGUGGGCAGCUGGGUUCCUCCCUAGCCUGAGUCCAGGCCAGACUGCCAAGGCUGACAACCCAGAUGACGCUACCUUCCUGGGAGCCUGGGUUUCGGAUGAAUGUGGAUCGAGGUCAUGAGGUCUACCUUCCAGGUUCCAUUGAGGUCUGAGGAUCUGCAUGCAAGUGGUGAGAAAUGUGGAGAGGACUGGAAAGACCUCUUCCCCUUUGUACAAAGACAUUGAUGCAACAACCCCGGGACGGGCCCCCGACCAACACUUCCUGUCCACGGUGCCAGCUGCUGUCUCUGUCCUCCACCCUCUGGCUCCAGUGCUCUGCCUGGCCCAGACCAUCCACAUGCAGAACAGGGUCCUGCCCAAACCCUCCAUCAGUGCCGAGCCAAGACCUGCGAUCCAUUGGGGACAGCCUGUGACCAUCGUGUGCCAGGGCCCAGCUGGGGCUGACCUAUUCCGUCUGGAGAACAAGGAGAAUAUAUCUGUUUAUUGGGAUCAGAAAAUCACUUCUCAACAUGGCUCACAGGGGGCAGAGGCCAGAUUCUGCAUCAGCGCAGUGAGUGAUGACACUGCCAGGAGUUAUUGGUGCCGCUAUCGCCAAGAGACUGGCUGGUCUGAGCUCAGUGAGCCCCUGGAGCUGAAGGUUGCAGAUGAGGAAAACAACAUUCCACUGUCAGGAGCCCCCAGAGUUGUCAGCUCCACCCCCUUCUCAUGCACAAAGCCCCCCACCACAGCUGAAAGUUCCACGAGCAGAGCAGCAUUGGAGGGAACAGGACACACGCAGACAAAUUCCCCGGACACUAAGACCAGCAUUCUGUCACCAGAGCUGCUUUAUAUUCUUGUCGGCAUCUGUGUGGCUUCUCUGCUUUGUCUCCUCCUCCUGGCCUUCCUCUUAGUCCACCGUCAGCGUCAGAAAAAACCUGGGACCCCCAGCAGCAAGGAUGAGGAGCCAAGACCCCAGGAGAGGCUCAGCCCGACAGAUGACAUCACAGAGAGCCCAGCAGAUGUGGCCACCACAGUGGAUGUACUUCCUGAGGAAAAUGGAGACAUGCACAGCCCAAGCCCUGCUGCAGGAGACCCCCAGGAGGUAACAUAUGCCCAGCUGGACCAGUGGGCCCUCACACGGAGAGCAGCUCACACCGAGUCCCCACAACCCACAGAGCCCACAGCUGAGUCCAGCGUGUAUGCAACCCUCCCAGGACACUGACUUCAGGACCACCUGGCCUCUGCACCUCAAGACACCGGAUGCCAAUCUUGCAGAGGCCGGUAGCAGCCAUUUGGAGGACUUUCCUAUUAAACUAUCUCCCUCCUGAAAGUCAUCAACACAUUUCUGCUGGAGGCAAGACCUGGACUUUGGGGACCCCUACUGAAGAAGCAGGAGGUUCACCAACCAGGUUGCUCCUCCUACAACCAACCAGCUUGGUGGAGCACAGUUGGAACUCUUGUUUCCAGAGACCCAGCUACUGGUACCUGGCUGUUUCCAGAGACCCAGCUAAUGUUGUCAGGCAAUUUCCAUAGAACCAACCAAUGUCCAGCAGUUUCCAGAGAUUCAACUAAUUUUGUCUAGCAGUUUUGAGAGACCCAGCUAAUGCUGUGCAGCAGUUUCCAGAGACCCUGCUAGUGCUGCCUAUCUGGUUUCAGCAGACCCAGCUAUGGGUCAAACCGGCUGCCCCAUCAGGUUAAAAGGAGUCUUUACCCUGAGAACCUCUAGGGGGCGCGAGGGUCUCCUUCAGAUAAUUCAGCGGUUUUUAUUUAUUUAUUUUUUUGCUUUCUUUUUUUAAUAGGAAAAAAGAAGAAACUUGCAUGCCUGUUACAGACCUGGUAUUAAAAAUGUUAUUCCAUAGUAAAAUAAUAUUUUAAAAGUUCAACCAAAACUCAGCCAGCCCUUUUAAAUGUGCAAUUGCUACUUUAGUUCUAUGAAACAUCAGCAUAUUCAAACCCUCCGUAAUACCUGCAGUCUUUCCUCUGACUUGUUUUUUAAAAACUAGGCACUGAAAUACUCACUAAGUUGACCAAGGUCAGCUACCUCUGACUUCAGGAGAGGAAAACAUCUCAUUAGCCGGGAGGUUUCUGUCCUGGUUCAGAGAGGGUGAGUGUCCAUCCUUCCCCCUCAAUUUUAAAUUGUGCUGAUCUUUCAUGUGCCAUUUCUACUCAGGGUGACUUUCCCCCAGGAAUUUGUUUUCCAAUUCUGCAUUUUUAUCUUUAUUUCUUUGGCAUUACAUCAUGGAUUGAA